AUGCAUACAUGCAUCCAACCAGAGGGGCCCUUCGCUACUCUGCCUAAAGAGCUCUACAUCAUCAUCUCCGACUUUCUGGACAACGCCGACCUGAACUCCUUCAGCCGCUCCCAUACAACAGCCUACACCCUCCUGAAUACAACCCUGUACAAGCGCGAUGCAGCCUCGCCAACCCCCAUCGCCCUCUUCUGGGCCUCAAUCCACAACAACCCCGCCACGAUCCUCAAGUCCCUCUCCGCAGGAACUGACAUCACCGCCAAGACCGACAUAGACACGCGCCUAAGAGGCUGCACCUCGAUCCUCCUAGCAUCAUUCCACAACAGCCUCGCCGUGCUCAAGAUCCUCCUCCUAGACGAGAAUGCCAACCCCAACUUCCGAGACCGGAAAUGGAUCCGGCCUCCGCUAUCCUGGGCCGUGAAAGAAGGCCAUGCAGAGAUCGUGCAGGCGCUUCUGAACGACGAUCGCACAGACGUCAACCUCCAAGAUAAGGCGGGGGACACCGCGCUGAUGAUUGCGGUGAAUUCCCGGCCUCGCAUGAUGGAACUACUUCUGUCUAGUGGACGUGCGGAUCCGCGCGUCGCGAAUAGGCAAGGCUGGACGCCGCUUGGUCGUGCUGCGCGGGAUCCGAAUGCCGAGGCUGGAUUGCUACUUGCGCGGCAUCUACGGUUGAUCCUUGAUGGGAAUGAUGAGGCGGAUCAUUGUCAACAUGUCUUUUUCUAUGCUGCUAUCCUGGGACAUGUGGAUAUAGUUCAGUACUUGGUUCAAUACUUUGGGGGGAAAUUGGACCCGAAUGCCAAUGGUCAGCAAUUUGGGCGCGGGGCAUUCUCAAUCGCGGCGGGGAAUGGGCGGGUGGAUGUUGUGAGGUUAUUGCUGGGUUGGAGCGUGACGGAGCCGAACCUGCAGACGCAGUGGAAAAGGCAGACUCCGUUGUUUGUUGCCGCGGAGGAGGGGAGAGAGGAUAUCGUAGAGGUGUUGAUUGAGUGCGAGAGGGUUGGGCUGGAUAUACCUGACAUGCAUGGGACAACCCCGUUGGGAAUUGCGGCGGAUAAGAAUCAUGUAGGGAUUGUCAGGCGGUUGCUUGGUGCGUCAAGGCCUGUGGAUCCCAAUGCUUGCGACGAGAAUGGCCAAACACCGUUGCUGAAUGCCGCUUUUCAUGGGAAUCUGGAAAUCGUGCAGCUGUUGCUCGAUGCGGCUGGGAUCGACCCACAACUUAGAAACAGCGAGGGAGAGACCCCCUUGGAGGUCGCUUCGCAAAAUGGGAACCAGAGCGUCGUACAGGCAUUGCAAAGGCAUCUGACGAAUGAAUCAUGA